AUGUCCCUCUUGUUCAAGGAACUAAUGAAAACCAGGUGGGAUAGCUCAGACCCCGAGAGGGCACCCCCACCGCUCCCGCUUCACCCUCAGUCUCCCGGUGUCUCUAGAGCCGGCACCUCGAGUGCGAUCCAGUCUGCCCAUGCCGCCUUGCAGGAAAAGGCCCGCGAGAGUGCUAACCUGGUACCACACAUCCCCAAGCGCGCCGCCGGUGAGCCGUCUCCAGAGAGGACCGAGAGGCCCCCGUUGCGUAACGCCGCUACGGCUGCGUCACAUCGCCGUCUGAACUCCCUCCAGAACAACACUGUCAAGGAUAUUAGUUUGAUGCUCGAGAGUGGUCACGUCCCCAAUACGUCUGCCUCGCGAUCACCAGAGAAGCACGACUUCAAGUUCGAUAGCAAACCCGAUACCAAGUUUGACAAGUACGAGAAACAAGAAAACAGCAAGCACGACAGGUACGAGACCAAGUACGAGACCAGGUACGAAAGACCGACUACCCCUACGAGGAGUCGCGAAAACCACGUCGAGUUCAAGGACGAAAAGGAAGACUUUUUAAAACCCGCUCCCGCCAUGGGGUCACCACGAACGGGUCCUAGUUUGACCCCCGGCGGCAUCUUGCGCCAAACCACCAGCACAAGCAGCAUGCGCCGACCACAUCAGAGCAUUCUCGGCGAGAACACGCCUCCUCAGUCGGCCACCAUGCUCGCCCUCCAGAACAUGAGCAGUGCCAGCCACCUCGGGACGUCGUCGACGGUCAGGGACUCGGAUCCCCUCGCUAACAUCACUAACGGCUCCAGCGGAUUGCCCAAGACGACUAUGACUCCCCAUGGCCUCGAGGCCUUGUCGAAUCAACUCCUCACCCUCACCGGCAUUGCGUCAGGUCUGCAAAAAGAAAUGUCGGCGCUUAGCAGGCGCAGCAGAGAUAAUGCUACAGACUUGCUCAGCUUGAAAGAGGCCACCAAUCAGCGCGAUGAGGAUAUUCGCAGGAGCUUGCGGGAGUUGAUUACCGAGGCCAAAUUGAGGGCCGCGCAGAGGGAAGCGUACGGAGGUGGUCCACCGUCGCCUACGUCGCUAAAGUCGCGGCCAUUCUCCCUGCCGCGAAUACCUUCGCCGCAUAGCUUUGGCGCGGAGUCGCUAUUGAGCACGCCAUCCCUCGUAGCCGAUACCUCGUCCAUUGCUCUCCUAGAAAAGAUCCUUCAUGACAUGGGAACAAAAGAGGGCCAAGAGUCGCUUCUCUCGAGGCUUAACGAACUCGCCCGCCAGCUUUCCGGCUUUUCCACGGCUGAAAAGCUAGAAGAGAUUAUCCGCCUUGUCAAAGCCAACCAGCACCAUGCCCUUGUACCAGCUACUGGCGGAGGGGGGAAAGGCGGUAACGGUGGUGGUGGUGGCGGCGGCGGUGGUCGCAACCAUGCCUGGAGCUUCAGCGAAGACGAAGACGGCCGAAACCGCGUAGGCCGAAUGCUCGAAGAAUCCGGAAACUCGCCGGCGCAAACACUCGGGUCCCGAACUAUUGAUCCCAUGAACGAUGAAAUCCUCUCUGCCCUGCGCUCAGUCAAGGACCACAUUGCCCAAGGCGGUAGCCUCACCAGCGACGUCAAGUCCCUCGUCAAGGAACUGCGCGGUGAAGUCCAGGGCAUGGGUCAAGAGAUUGGUCGUCGACUUAACGAAGUGUCCUCCAAGUCUUCCCAGACCCUCCCCGUCGACAACUCCACAAAGGAAGCCAUGAACAAGAUUGUCGCAGACGGCCUAGAAGAAAUGCGCCAGAACAUGGUCAACAUCGUGCACGAGCACCGAAAGAAGGCACAAGAGACAGUUGCGGCCGCACCUCGAAUCGACUCCAUGAUUGACUACCGAGAGAUCUACAACAGCAUGCGUGCUGCCCUCAAAGAUUCGCAGGCCAACAAGCCGCGCGUACAGGAGCUUCGCAGGGAGGACGUCGUGCAGGCGGUCCAGGAUGCUUUCGAAAAGUACAAGCCCGAGAUCGAAAUCCAGCAGAUUGGAUUGGAGAGGCAUGAGGUUCUGGACUGUUUGAAGGAGGGCCUAGGGAUGUAUCUUCCAAAGGAAACAGCUUCCAAACAAGAUGUGUUUGCUGCUGUCAACGAGGGUAUCAGCAAAUUUGAGACUGUCUCCCGGGACGAUGUCCUCGAGUCUGUCAGGGAAUGCCUGGAUGAGUUCGACUUCCCCGUCACCCCGCAGCUUUCGAAAGACGACAUCCUGAGCGCGGUCAAGGAUGGCUUGAGCGACUUCCCUAAGCCCCUGAAGCGUCAAGAGUUGGUAGAUGCCAUGGACGAGAGCCUCAACAAGUUCAACUUUACUGAUGACAUGGCCGAAGCGGUGCAAGAUGGUGUACGGUCCCUGGACCUGCCAAAGGAUAUGCAAACCGCCGUCACCAAGGCCCUGGAAACAUUCGAUUUCUCCUCCACCGGAUCGUCAAGCGAAGCCAUGAUCGACGCCGUCCAGGAAGCUUUUGAAACCAUGGAUCUGCCCUGCGACGUCAGCCGCGCCGUCGUCAAAGCCCUGCAAACCCCCGAGUUUGCCCAGCACAUCGCUUCUUACAUCCCCCGUCCUGAUCUGUCGCGUGUCGACCUUGCUGAUGCCGUCCGCGAAGGAUUCGAUGCGCUCGAUAUCUCUGGAGAUGUCGUCCGCGCCGUCAGAGAAGGCCUCAAAGAGCUGGAUCUCUCCGAAUUAUCCGGUUCACAUUCCAAGGCUCUCGUCCGCCACGGUGCCACUCCUCCCUCCAUCUUGAAGCCCGAAACGGAAGAAAUCAUCGAGCGACUGUACGAAAUCCGUGAUUCGCUAAGGGACGAAUUCCGCGCCUUCUCCGAAAACAGCAAGCCCACCUCCCGUGGUGGUGACGCCGCCGAGAGGACUUCGCCAGACAUUACCAUGGACGGGUUCGAGAAACUCAGACAUGACAUCGAAGCGUACGUCGACCGCGCCCGCAUCGACGGCAACUCCGACGAUUUGAUCCCGCACAUGACUGAAACGUUGGAGAAAUUUAGGGAGGAAGUGGCGGAGCUGGUGAAGAAGGCAAGCCAGAGCACCAACGACCUGCUAAGGGAGGAACUCGAAUCACUCCGCGACGUUGUCAACGGCACCUUGGUCCCCGUCACGCCACUGUCGCAGCCCGGCGGCGGCAGCAAUACCGAGAUUCUCGAAGCCAUCGGUGCCAUUCGUAAGGAGAUGGGCAACACCACCAAAUCUCAGCAGCAAGCCGGUGGAGUCGAUGGUGGGAUAACGGAGACCCGGAUCCUUGAUGCUCUCCAGGAGGGGCUGGGUGAUCUGAAGAGGCGUAUCGACAAGCUCGCUAACAAACCUGGUGACCACCUCUCGGCUAAUGACGAGAUUCUGGAUGCGCUCAAGGAGGGCCUGAAGGGCGUCAGAGCUGAUCUUGAAGAGCUCAGGGCUGGAGGCGGAUUUGAUGACGAGUUCGCGCUGACGCCUUUUAGCAAGAACGGCGAUCAACCUUCGAAGCAGCUCGGUCAUGGUCAUCAUGCUGAGGAGAUUAGAAGUCUUCAUGCUAUGGUUGAUAAGCUGGGCAAGAAGGUGGAUGCUAUGGAGAGUGGUGGUGCUGGUUCGCCAAAGGCUGCGGCUGGUGCCAACACCGCUACCUCCAAGUCUGAGCUAGGCGAGGUUGAAGUCUUGCUGAGGAAGUUGAUCGACUCCGUUGCUUCCCUUGCUGCCCGCGAGCAGCAGCAGCAAAAGAUUAACCUCUCGCCUCUCGAAGAGACCGUUCGCUCUCUACAGGCUUCGGUCGAUACCGCGAUUGGGGGUUUACGCAAGUCGAUUGAUGAGUGGACCAAGGCUAGAUCGUCAUCAACCGCCGAACCUGAGCUACUGCCCACCAGCGAACCUACCGAUCCGGCUACGAAGGAGGACGUCCAAGCCAUUGAGACAAUUCUUCGGAAUACCAAAGACAGUUUGGAUGACUUUGUCAGUGCCCAGGGAGAGCAAGCAAACCAAGCUAAGAAGGAGCAUUUGGAUCAGUUGGAGGUGCUACUGGUGGAGACAAAGACCAGUCUGGGAGAUUUGUCAAAACAAGUGGAGGAUGUGUCCAAGAAGGAGGAUGUUUCCGCCCUGGAGUCACUCAUCACCAAGAUGGCCAUCGCCUUUGACGAGAUGAAGACCCGCGACGAGAAGGAUGACUCGGACAAGCUCACCAAGGCUGAUCUUGAGGCUGUUGAGACUGUUUGUCUUGAGGUCAAGUCCCUGCUUUCGUCAAGGCCUGUUACCACUGAUGCCACCGACUCGACCAGCGCCGCCACCAGUCACCCCGAUGUGGACAGCAACUUCAAGACGUUGACCGAGAAGCUUCAGGCUCAAGCCGAGGCCAGCACCAAGGCAAAUGGCGACAUCACCGAUCGGGUGUCCGAAGUCAAGUCCCUCAUCGAAGAGUUCCACGAAGUCAUCAAAGCUAAACUCACUGAUGGAGCCAAGGGGGUGGACUCCAUUCACAAGGUCCUGACUCCCAUGAGCGAGAUUGUCAAGCAGAACGCGACGCUGCAGGGCGAGCUUAUGGAGCUGUGGGGUGGUAUGAAGGAGGGUUUUGAAGAAGGACGCACCACCAUCGACAAGGCAAAGACCGAUAUCGAGACCAAGAUUGAGGAGCUUCAGACGGCGCAGGGCGGUGAGAUCAAAGAGGCUGUGGUUGCGACGAAGACGCAGGUGGAGGAGCUCAAGGCUGUGCUGGAGCCUCUCAGCGGCACUGUCACUGAGGCGGUGGAGAAAAUGGAGGUUUCAAGCAAGACUGUUUUCGAAAGGGUGGAUGAGCUGGUGGCCAAGGCAGAUGAGAAUCAUCUUGAUGUCAAGGCUGAGCAUACCCUUACUCAGGAGCAGGUGCAGGAGAUGUCUGGCAAGGUUGAUACUUUGCAGAGUCUGGUUGCUGAGCAUCAGCCCAAGGUUGCGGAGAAUAUGCAAGAGGUUCUUGCUCUUGUCGGUCAGCAUUUUGAGCACUCCAAGACGACGACGGAGGGUUUGCAGACCAAGGUCAUUGACGCCAUGCCUACUGUUAACGAGAAGCUUGAUAAGCUUGUUGGUCAGACUGCUCAGCUUGCUGUUCUUGAAGAGGUCCACGAGCAGGUGAAGAAUACUUCUUCUGAGCUCGCUGGGUUCAUUGCUGCUCAGACUCAACGUGCUGUUGAAGAGGACGAUAAGAAAAAGAAGAUCCUGCAGGAGACCACCAUUGCUCUCGAGCGCCAGCUUGCUGAGAAGGAAUCCAUUGAGACUCGUCUGGCUGAACUCAAAGAGGAGGAAGCCCGCAUUAAGGAGAGCAUCAAUGUUACUUUGCGUGAGGAGCAGGAUCAGCUCAAGUCUCAGUUCUUGGAGAACUUGCAACAGGAACAAGCACGUCUGAAGCAGAUGAACGAGUCCCUCAAACAGGAGCAGGAGGAGUUGAAGAGUACUUUCUUGGCUAACUUGGCUGAGGAGGAACAUCGCCUCAAGACGCUCAAUGAGUCCCUCAGAAAAGAACACGAGGAGGCCAAGGCGGUGUUUAUGGCUGGUCUGAAGGAGGAGGAGACGAGGCUGAAGGAGUUGAAUGCUUCACUCAAGGAAGAGCAGGAGACCUUGAAGAAGACGUUCACCACUAAUCUCCAGGAGGAACACGACCGUCUCAUGGAGAUGAACGUUGCUCUCAAGGAAGAACACGACACCAUGAAGAAGACCUUCGCUGCUAACCUCCGCGAUGAGCGUGACCGUCUAAUCGAGCUCAACUCUGCCCUCAAAGCCGAGCACGAGUCGCUCAAGCGGAGCUUCCUUGCCGUUUUGAAGGACGAAGAAGCCCGUCUGAAGGAAUCCAACGACGCCCUGCGCGAAGAACAGCAACUUCUGAAGGAUAAGUUCCUCAAGAACCUGCGCGAGGAGGAGUCUCUACUCAAGGAAGUCAACGAGGGUCUGAGGCAAGAGCAGAAAGAACUUAGGAGCUCCUUCCUUGCUGCGUUCCAGGAGGAAGAAAGACGGUUAAAGGAGAUCAAUGCCUCGUUGAGAGAAGAGCAGGAGGAGAUGAAGGCUAUCUUCCGCGAGGAGCAGGAGAAGCUCAAGGUGGACUUGCUGGCCAAUCUGAUGGAGGAGGAGUGUCGCCUCAAGGAACGCAACGAGGCCUUGCGCAAGGAACAUGAUAAACUCAAGGAACAGUUCCUGGCUGAUUUGCGCGCUGAGCAGCAGGGUAUCAAACACAACCUUGUCGAGCUGCGCGGGGAGCAAGAGGAUUUGGUGCGCAAGAAGUCAAGACUUACGGCCGAUCUUUCGUCGCUUGACACUGCCCUCCGCCUCAGAAGAGAAGAACUCCACGAGAUGGAAACCCGCGCUGAGACGCUCGAGCGUCGUAUCCUCGAGGGUGUCAUGGAUCAUUCUCGUCUGCUGCUCAUGGCCAAGGGGAAGCGAUUCACCACGGGCGUUGGUCGCGAAAGCAUGAAUCGCAAGCGUGUACCGUCGCAGAUGUCGACUCGCGCUCCUAGCGUCGUUUCCAGAAUGGACUCCAGACAGCCCACGUCUGCAUUGAACAUGGCUGCUAUCAACGCCAAGCCUAGUGCCAGAACUCCUAAGAUGGGCUCUGCCGCGGGAGCAUCGGCGUCUAACAGGCGGAUUUUGUCACUGAGUCAGAUGGUCAGCGGAGGUUUGCCAGGCGGUGGCAUCAAGCGCAGCAAUAGCGUUAGGAACGGGGCUGGCGGUGGUGGUGUCGCGGCUGCUAAGGCGGCUGUUGCUGCUCAUCAUGACAAUCCUACUAGACCCAAGGCUGGUGAAAGGAAAGGUAGUUGGGCGACAACUUCUUCACGUUCGACAGCGACAGCUAAAGGGUACGGUGAUUUAUCCAAGGGCUCGGAGGAUAAAGAGCCCUCUUUGAAGGAAACGGACGAUGAAGAUGAAGAGGGUUACGACACCGCUACUCCACCUGUUGACGUCCGUUCCGGGUCCGACGACGACAUGGUGCACGUGGAUGAUGACGCACGCACCGAGUCCUCUUCCCGCUACGGCGACGGCGACGAUCACGGAAAUGAAACAGAAGCGGACGAAACUGCCACUUUGCGAAGAUCUUCCCAGGGCACAACAGUCAUCACCUCUUCUUCCCGCUCCGGCCGAUCUGCCCGCUCCAACAACAGCCAUGAUGACGACGGUGAAAGCCAAUACAGCCACGACCAAUCCCAAUACUCCCAAGAUGACGACGACUACUCCGACUACGAAACAGGCGACGAUAGUGAAGACGGCUCGUGGACUGAGAGGGGUAGUGCCGUCUCGGGCACCACUGGGACAAGCAGGACCGCACCGAGUUUUGCGCCGAGUGCGAGUGUGAUGUCAGUGGCGAGUUCGAGGAUGUCGAAGGCUAGUAAGAUGAGCAAGGAUUCGGGGAUCAGUGGGAUCAGUGGUACUAGUGGAAUUCCUAGGGCGAAGGCUGCUAAUGGGGGGUAA